GUGUCUGGCUUUUUUUAAUUUUAUUGUGAUAAAUUAUAUUUUUAGAAAUAAAUAAUACACUGCUUACUGCGUAAAAUAAUUAUCUUAGUAUAGUAUGUUUAACUAAUUUAAUUUUUUUAACUAUAAAUAUUAAUUUGUGAGAUUUAAAAACAUAAUUAUUACAUUUCAGAUUACUGGUAUCCAAACUAUAGAACUGAAAAAAAAAAUUGCAAAAUUACAAAACUUUGCCCUUUAUGUCCAACAAAAUUAACAAACAUUUCUGUUUUGGAGGAACACUUAUUAAAAUUUCACACACCUCUCUUAACUAAUUAUCUUAAAAAAUGUUCAUUUUAAAUUGAAUUGUUUUGUAAAAAUAAUUAACAAUAAUAUUUUGAUAAUAUAGUCUAAACUGAAUUAGAAAAUCGUUGUGAUCAAUGAUAAAGUGAUGUCUGGGUUUAUGGACAUCUAUAUUUUUUAUCACUAAAAAAGUGUUAAAACUUAAUUGAGUUUCACUCAUCUAUUUGACAGUUUGGGGUUAGUCAUUAUUGUUAUUCAUAGGAGUUACAAAUGUUUCUAUGAGGUCUGAAUUCCUCGUAAUUCCCAUGUAAACUAUAUUAAUGCUUUUAGAACUUAUAUUCCAUAUUCUAUUCAAUGUAAAUAAUAGACUGGAUUAGAGUUCUUACACUAUUUUUAUAUUUUGUCCAUAUUGCUAUGAUAGCUACCAUAUAUUAGUGUAAAAAACUAUAGACAUUUUUAUAAAAAUACUAAAUUUUCCAAUUUGAAAGCUUAAAAUUUAGGUAAAAAUCAAUUUUUUGUUUAUUUUCACAUCUUAAAUCACAGAUAUUUUAAUAUAGGUAUUAGGUAUUAAGACUUCCAAUAUAAAACAAAAUUAUUUUUAAAAAAAAGUAGUAUAAUGUUAUAUAUUUUUUAUUUCAAAAAGUUUUUUUACGUUACAAUUUAUUCAAUUAAAAAUAAAUAAAUUCUUUAUGAUAUUAUUAAUUUGUCUUAUCUUUUUAUUUUUAGAACGUCUAGUGUGUCCAAAUGGCUGCGGACGGUCCUAUAAUUACAGAAAAGGUUUAAGCCAUCAGUCCCGUUAUGAAUAUGGUUAUCUCAAAAGAAUAGUUGAUUCUUUAUUUACAUGCCCAAACCAGAACUGUUAUAAAAGUUAUAAGACUAAAGGUAAUCUCAUGCGUCAUCUUAAAUAUGAAUGUGGCAAAUCACCUAAAUAUGCGUGUCCAUAUUGUAACAAGAAGAGUUCAUUGAAAUUCAACUUAAAGAAACAUAUAGCUGUGAUUCAUAAUACUGUGGCUAAUCCGCUAAUACUAAAUGUAGAUUAAUAUGUCCAAAUGGUUGUGGACGUUCAUACAAGUACAAACAAGGUUUAAAUCAACACACCUAUUAUGAAUGUGGGAAGACACCUAUGUAUGCUUGCCCAUAUUGCAAUAAAAAAAGCUAUGUUAAAUCGAAUCUUAAAAAGC